AUAUCAUUUGAUUGGUCUCAAGUGGACAAUUUGGAAUGACGCCUCACUAGGCGUCACUCACCUUAAACGGUUCAGUCAAAAUUCUAUUGUCCAUUGAACCCACCCACCACUACCGAUCUCUUUUCGCCGGACCGAUUUCUUCCUUAUCCCCCUCUUUUUCUCCGGCAAGCUUCUCCGAUCUCUACUCCGGCGACUCCACCUUUUGUAAACAAUGAUCAUUACGAAACAAUAUCGUUGCAUACACUCAGCUAGUUGUUUGUGUACAAAAGGGCAUCUUAGCGAAGAAGUGAUAUUUCUGGUUUUUCAGCAACUGAAUUGGAAUCCUAAGUCGGUUGCAACUCUAUCUUGUGUUUGCAAAUGGUUUGAUGAUCUCGCGAAAAGAGUGCUCUGGAAAGAGUUUUGUAAGACGAGAGCCCCCAAAAUGAUGCUUGAUUUACAGUCUAGUGGGAGUCAUAGUGUUGAUGGGAACUGGAGGGCUCUUGCAAAGCUUCUUAUUUACUGCUCUGGAUGUACUAGAGGUGGCUUAUUCAACAACAUCCACGUUCCAGGACACUUUGUUUACAGGACUAGGUUUUCUAGGACCUCUGGAAAGAGCUUUCUGUUACCACAAUGCAGGACAGAUGUUUUGUAUAUUUCUGAUCCUUGUGAGCAUCUCGACCAAGGAGAUGAUGGGGAUAUUGGAUUUUUUCGGGGGAUAUUUAAAUCCUUUGCUACCUCAAAAGUUCGUAAAAUGUUAAUUAAGAGGGAGGCUCAGCUCCAUCCAACAGAAGUGUGCCCUUACUGUAAGGCAAAACUGUGGAGCAUGCUGCAAGCGAAAAUGGUACCAGCAAGUGCCAGCUGUAGAUUGGGUGCUUAUGAAGAUGCAAUUGAGUAUUAUGUGUGUCUUAAUGGGCAUGUGCUAGGGAUAUGUACCCUCUUGCCCUUGUCCGAUUCUGAGGAAGCUUCAGAUCACAGUGAUGCAUGAAUGCAGAUGGGAAAAAGAUGAUAAAAGUCCUUGGAUUAUUCGUCGCUGUGCAUCAUCAGUUCCUGCAAUUAAUAUACUGCUUUAUGCACAGGUGUUAAAGGGCGGUUUUCCAUCGAUUUGGGAACUUGACAGGCAAUGUUUACUGAGAGAUGGGAUGGAUAUGCCAGUCAUAGGGCCAUUCAGUGGAAGAUCUCCUUUGGCGGACCACGGAUAUGGAACUGUAUUUAUGCAAGCCUGCCACUCCCAAACUUAUCUGACCCGCCUAGCUGUUCACCGGAAACCCGUGACUGAUCAUUGUUCUAAGUUGUAACAAACACCAGAAUUUGUUUGUAUAUUUUAUGACCUCAAAUGUGCAUCUAAUUUGAGUGACGUGUUAGAAUCUGUAACAUUUCGAGAGUUGUUUGUUGUGAAGCAGUUACGUUACGCCAUGUAAAGUUUGAAAAAUAUUGAAUGCAAUUCUGAUGCAGCGAGUCAUUUGCCA